ACACCACCCGCAGUGAGGCGGCAGCCCGCCAUGGAUUAGCUAGCGCGGUAUGUGUGCUGUGGAAUAGAGCUAGUAAGGAAUCGUGCGAUCCCAACUGCUGACCCUCAGACUCGAGUAAAUAACUCGAUAUGUGCAUUUUGGCCGUCUAGUACAAGUACCAAGAAUUGAACUGCACAGCCGUAUGGUCGACAAGAUUCCUACGAGUAAACAGCCGAUGUCCUUUUCUAAAUCCUUGUGAGUCACCAUAUUCACAUAUCCUGAAAAUGUCACCCCCGCAGUUCUAUCUGCGUCUUGCACUGUAUCUCACACCUCUGCUCCCAGCAGCGCGCGGCGGACAGGCGCGGGCGGCGCCCACCGAGCUCGAGUGUCCGCUGCCGGGCGGUGCGCGCUCGGCGACCCCGACCGUCUGCGGCCAGUUCACGGCCUGUGUGUGGACAGACGGGGACGGGUGUCGCCUCACCGACAGGGUAGGCUACCGUGUUCAGCGCGCCGUGAGCAGACGGCAGCUGCUGCUCACCAAGAGCUCGGAUGUGACGCUGUUCGGUGAGGACGUGCAGCGGCUGAUGGUGACGGUGACCGAACACGACCGGCAGCGAGUCAGGAUCGUGUUUCGAGACGCGGACCGCCAGCGGUUCGAGGUGCCUCUGCGUCUGAACCUGCCGCCACCGCGCCACCGUCGCCAGCGUGCAGAGUACCGGGUCCACCUUCCGUCAGCCCCCGCCGAGCUGGGACCUGACGUCUCCGGCCCACCGUUCUCCCUGUCGGUGCAGCACGGCCGUCAGACGGCGCUCCGACUGCUGCCCCAGCUCAGCUACAGCGACCAGUUCAUCGAGACCACCCUCCUGCUGGCCGGAGAGCACCUCUACGGCAUGGGCGAGAACAACCACGACCGCUUCAGGCACGACCUGGACGCAGCUGCCACGUGGCCCAUCUUCGCUCGUGGACGGCCGCCCGGGGACGGCCACGAGGCGCUCUAUGGCGUGCAUCCGUUCCUCUUGGCGAUCGAGAACACUUCCGGGAAGAGCCUGGGGGUGUUGUUCCUGAACAGUAACGCGAUGGAGUACAAGGUGUUCCGACUGAACGGCUCUGCCGCGGUGACGUUCCGUACCACGGGAGGCGUGCUGGAUCUGUGCCUCUUCUUCGGCCGCUCCCCUCUGGAGGUUCUGCGCCAGUACCACCUGACCAUCGGGCUCCCGGAGCUCCCCUCCUACUGGGCGCUGGGCUUCCAGCUCUCGCGCUUCGGCUACCGCAGCGUAGACGAGGUGCGGCGCACCGUGGCGCGCACCCGUGCCGCGGGCAUCCCGCUGGACGUGCAGUACGUGGAUGUUGACUACAUGGACGGAAGGCGGGACUUCACCGUAGGGAAGGACAAGUUCGGAGACCUCUCCAGACUCGUCGCUGAUCUUCGUAAGCUGGAUAUACACGCCUCGCUACUGUAUGAUCCCUCGCUAGCGACGGAUUUCGGACGGUACCCUCCACUGGAGCGUGGUGUGGCGAGGGACGUGUUCGUGCGCUGGUGGAACGACAGCCUCAUACCGGAGGACCAGUGCGCCGGCUGUCGCCAUUACGUUGCAGGAUAUCUGUGGACGAGAAACAAGACGUUGCUUGUUGACUUCUUCCAGGAAGCAGCCACACACUGGUGGACGGAUGAGAUGCGACGAUUCUCGAAGUCGGCAGGAGGCCCAGAAGGAUUUUGGAUUGAUAUGAAUGAGCCGACAAACUUCGGUACCAACUUGGAAAAGCCAUUCAACUGGCCGAGCAGCUUGCCCGCAUGGAGUCUCAAAUGCCCUGUAAACAGGCUCGACGACCCGCCGUAUCCGACAGCACACGUGCGAGACACGAGCAACAAGAGCGGAAGGCUUUCUGACAGAACCAUCUGCAUGACCAGCAAACACAUCAACGAUGUAUUCCCCGCGCCAGUUCCAUUGCAUCAGCACAAACGCUUUAAUGACAGCGAUCUUCUAGCAGCUCAGCAGAAAAUGUUGUACUCCUCACUGUCCUCUGAACAUAAUCACCGAGAGCUGUUACACUACGACGUCCACAGCCUGUACGGCUGGGCCCAAAUGCUCGCCACUCGCCGCGCCAUGAACUCCGUGCUGGGAGGACGACGGGGCCUCCUGCUCAGUCGCUCCACCUUUGUCGGCUCGGGUCACUGGGGCGCCCACUGGACCGGCGACAACACCGCACGCUGGAAGGACAUGAAGCGAUCCAUCGUCGGCAUUCUCGAGUUCAACAUGUUUGGCAUCCCGCACGUCGGCGCAGACAUCUGUGGUUUCAAGGACAACACAACCGAGACCCUGUGUCUGCGCUGGACGCAGCUCGGCGCCUUCUACCCGUUCUGCCGGAACCACAACGCCUGGGGCGCCGCCGCUCAGGACCCGGCCCGUUGGCCGUCUGUCGCCGCGGCCGCUCGUGAGGCGCUCGGCCUCCGAUACCGACUCCUGCCGUACCUGUACACCCUCUUCUACCGCGCUGCUGCGUUCGGCGCCACCGUGGUGCGCUCGCUGGCCUUCCAGUUCCCCACUAGAGCGGAGCUGCGGGACAUCGACACACAGUUUCUACUCGGGAGUGACGUGAUGGUGGCUCCUGUGCUGAGCAAAGACAAUCCAACACUGGUUGAUGUGACCUUCCCUCCCGGUGAAUGGUACGACUUACGGAACGGCUCCCUGGCGCAUUCAGGCAACAUCACGGUGGCAGUGCAGUGCCACGUGCCGCUGACCAGCAUGAUCCCGAUAUUCGCCCGCGGUGGAGCCAUUCUUCCCCUGCAGCCGAAUGCCUCCUCGACGGCAGUCAGUCGCCAGGGCGCCUUCACGCUGCUGGUGUUCGGACGUCGCGCCCGCGGCGAGCUGUUCUGGGAUGACGGCGAGACCAGAGACACAGUCACCAGCGGCAGGUUCUACCACUGCUUCUUCCACUUCGCCGACGGCGUGCUGAAGACGCUGGUGGACAGCGCGCAGACCCGGUGGCUGAGGACGCCGAUCAUUGAGCGUCUUGUGUUCCACGGUGCGCCGAAACCCGUCUCUGUGAUCGUAGACGGGACGAGGGUGCCGGAUGAUCAGGUGCAUUACCGUAAAGGAGUCCUGACGGUCAGUGUUCGGCUGCACAUGAAGGCCGAUCACGUUGUCCAGCUUUCCACUCAGGGUGCGAAUGUUGGCCUGUAAUCAUCUGAGAUGACCCUGAGUUCAAUCACUGUGUGACUUAUGAAAGGCUUUCAAAAUUAGUAUGUAGGGUAAGGUGCCUAAUUCGCGACCCUUUCCUAUUUGCGACCUACCUCCAUACAGAAAAACUCACAGGAGAAAUCGGGGUAAAAACAUUGUCAAAAGGUGAGCCAUACUUUGGUUAUCAAACUAAAUCCUUUUCCGGUUGUCGGUGUUUCUGGACAUUUCAGGUGAGUUUAAAUAAAAAUGACAAGUUUCUUAUCCAAAA